GUCUGGAUCCUGCACGGUUCGAUAUGUGUGACGGAUGGAUAUGUGGCGGCCAGCCGGAGUAUACAUCCGUGAUACAUGCAAAGCACGACAGCACCAUACAUAAUUUUCACAGUUUUCACGAGGUCCAUCCAUUGUCUCCGAUAUAUGGUGUUCAAGUUCCUGGGACACUAGCGUUUCUCUUAUGCACAGCGUAAGGGGUGUGGGACGCAUAGCAAGAUGUUCCCAGUCC